AUAGAAAUCAUCUCAUUGGUUUCUCACUACAAAACUCUCACUCACUAUUUCAGUCACUAGUUCUCACCCAGAAUCACAGAGAUGGUCGCAAUUUUCACAUACGCUUUCGUUUCUCUCUUAACCAUAAUCUUCUCGUACAUUUUCAUGAAGAAGAACAAGGGAGGAGAAGAAGAGCUCCAUGCUCAUGGUAAUGAAAAUAGAGCUCAGCUCCCUCCAGGCUCACUGGGUUGGCCUUAUAUCGGAGAGACUCUCCAGCUCUAUUCUCAGGACCCAAACAUUUUCUUCUCUGCCAGACAGAGAAGGUAUGGGAAAAUUUUCAAGACCCAUAUACUUGGGUGUCCAUGUGUGAUGCUGGCCAGCCCGGAGGCUGCAAAGUUUGUGUUGGUCACUCAAGCUCACUUGUUCAAGCCCACCUAUCCCAAAAGCAAAGAGGGUCUGAUUGGUCCCUCCGCACUAUUUUUCCACCAAGGAGAUUACCAUAACAGACUGAGGAAGCUUGUUCAGGGAUCUCUCAACCUUGAUGCUAUUCGGAAUUUGGUGCCCCAUAUCGAUGCCACGGCUGCCUUUAUGACCUCGGAGUCAUGGGGCACCGGGAAGGUCAUUAACACCUUCCAUGAGAUGCAGAAGUUUUCUUUCGAAGUUGGAACACUAGCAAUUUUUGGCCAUUUGGAGACCCGCUACAAAGAAGAACUCAAAAAGAACUAUAUGGUAGUGGACAAGGGCUACAAUUCAUUCCCCAUAAAUAUUCCUGGAUCACCAUAUAAAAAGGCUUUGUUGGCGAGGGAGAGGCUGAGACAUAUUUUGGGUGACAUUAUCCACGAGAGAAAGGAGAAGAGAUUACCUGAAAAGGAUCUCUUGGGUUGUUUGCUGAGCUCAAUAAACGGAGGGGAAGUUUUGAGUGAUGACCAAAUCGCAGACAACAUAAUAGGUGUGCUCUUUGCUGCUCAAGACACCACAGCCAGUGUCAUGACCUGGAUUAUCAAGUACCUCCACGACGAGCCCAAACUUCUAGAAGCUGUCAAGGCCGAACAAAAUGCAAUUCGCAUAUCAAAUGAACAAGGCAAUCAACCAUUGAGUUGGGCACAGACUAAAAUCAUGCCAAUUAGUUAUAAGGUUGUGUUGGAGAGUUUGCGAAUGGCAAGCAUUAUAUCAUUCCUCUUUAGGGAGGCUGUGGUUGAUGUGAAAUACAAAGGUUACUUGAUUCCAAAAGGUUGGAAAGUGAUGCCUUUGUUCAGGAACAUUCAUCAUAAUCCUGAAUUCUUCACCGACCCUCAGAAAUUCGAUCUUUCCAGAUUCCAGGUUGCACCAAAGCCAAAUACAUUUAUGCCAUUUGGCAUUGGAGUCCAUGCUUGUCCAGGAAAUGAGCUUGCUAAGCUGGAAUUACUGAUCAUGAUCCACCAUUUAGUCACCAAGUUCAGGUGGGAAAUUGAGGGAUCCCAAAGCGGGAUUGAGUAUAGUCCAUUUCCUGUGCCUCUGAAGGGACUUCCGGUCAAAUUUUGGAGAUUAGAAUAGGGCUAAGGGGAGCCGUACCCUCCCCAAAUUAACCUCAUCUAGCUUCUUCUCACAGUCCAUAUUCUAGACCAAGGACCUUUCAUUUGUAUUCUCUCUGUUUGCUCCCAUCCUAAUAUUGCUGGGAGUAGUUCGGUGCCCUUCUUUUUUCUUUUAACAAAUUUUGAUGAUGCAAUUAUUUUUUGUCAUUCUAGUGAGUGUACUCUAUCAGCUGUCUCAUUCUCGGUUCUCCUGAUUUAAUGUUAAUUG